AUGGAUGGAUUAUCAACACCAGAAGAAGAAUCAACAACUGAACAUGCUAUUGCUGGACCAUCUAAAGUGGCAGCCAGCAAUUCUGCGUCACCUCUCACCACCCAAAUGGUAACACAACUAUUUAGAAGUGCACCCAGAGAAGCCAAACUGCGGCCUCUUGUAGACCCUUUAGUACUCCCAAGUUCUGGCUGUGAGGUGAAUAAUGGAUCGACAUCGUCGUCACCGUCCACUGUAUCACCAACAAUUUCCUCUGACAAAACCGAUAACCACGACACUUUCGGCUUCUACCCAGAAGCACCUGAUAUGCGGCGCGAAGAAGAGCGACUUAAGACGUUUGACAAGUGGCCUGUCCCGUUCUUGCCGCCUGAACAACUCGCGCAAAAUGGUUUUUAUUACUUUGGUCGUGGUGACGAGGUUCGUUGUGCAUUCUGCAAAGUCGAAAUUAUGAAAUGGGCCCCAGGCGAUGACCCAGCAAAAGAUCAUCAGCGAUGGGCGCCUCAAUGCCCCUUUUUAAGACAUCAGGCGGCAUCUGGAAAUGUUCCAUUGGAAUCUCCUGCUGCCGCUGGCCGAGAUGAAUGCGGAACUCGAGCCCCUCCUAAUGCUACUCCUGUACGAAUGCCGGGUCCCGUUCAUCCUCGCUACGCGUCCGAAGCAGCUCGUUUACGCACCUUUAAAGACUGGCCUCGAUGUAUGCGACAAAAACCAGAGGAGUUGGCAGAAGCCGGCUUUUUCUACACUGGUCAGGGUGAUAAAACCAAAUGCUUUUAUUGCGACGGAGGCCUCAAAGACUGGGAGAAUGACGACGUUCCAUGGGAGCAACAUGCGCGCUGGUUUGAUCGUUGCGCUUAUGUUCAACUCGUAAAGGGCCGUGACUACGUUCAAAAAGUCAUAUCGGAAGCUUGUGUGAUCCCGGCGCCAAAAGAAGAAAAGGAAACAACGUCAACGUCCACUGCUUCUAAAUCUAAUAGCGAGAAGGAAGAUGUCGCUGUCGAGGAUUCCAAACUUUGCAAAAUAUGUUAUGCGGAGGAACGCAACGUCUGUUUCGUACCGUGUGGUCACGUGGUGGCAUGUGCAAAAUGUGCACUAUCGACGGACAAGUGCCCGAUGUGCCGAAGGACGUUUACUAACGCAGUUCGUUUAUAUUUUUCGUGA